AUGUCAUCAACAACCGAAUUGCCGUUGAUAACUCAAAUUGCGCUUUUCGAGCGCAAAUGCGAUUCCACGUAUUCCUGGUUGGCGGAAAAUCUGAAAUAUUCGGUGCAACUCGUUUAUCUGCUGCCCGCCGCCUGCCUACACGCCCGAAUUCUCUGGAUUCUGUGCUGGAAGUAUCGAACGUUCUACAUGAAACACUCGUUCUACGUCCUCUUCUUCAUCGACUGCCUCGUCUGCUUCAUUUUGGUGCUGAUGGACAUUUGUUUCGCGCGAGUCUUCCAGUAUUUUCCACAGUUUUGCGAGCCCAUGUCAAACUUCGUCAAAGUGAGUCGAUUUUCGAGUUCUCCACGUGAUUUGGAACGUUUUGCCACCCAUAUUGUCUUGCUUUCGUGGAGGGGGUGCAUGAGCACGUUUAAGUGACGCUACAAUAUCGGAAAUUAGAAUCUGACGUCUAAAAUCGAUUCAGACGACGCCCGUUUUCGCGGCCAUCUAUUAUCCGCUUCAACAACAUCUCCACUGCGCCCAACCGGUCGUUCAAGUCCUUUUGACGUUGAACCGAAUGUCGUGCGUACUGCUUCCGUUGAAAUAUAGUCAGGUGAGUGUGGAAAAGUGGUAAACAACGUGGGAAUGCGUUUUUUUUUUUUUUGCAAAAGAAACUUUCAGAUAUGGACCGAUUCUAUGAAAUACGCGAUUGCACUUGUGAUCUUCGCUCCGUUUCUGUUCAUUUGGAAUGUGAUAAUAUCGAAAAAAGUGCCGAUUUAUACGUUUGGCGGAUUCUAUGUCGGAUACGAGCGCGUCGUGUUGUGGGUGAGAUUUUUGGAUUCUCCGCGUGAUUUGAAAAGUUUCGAUACCCAUAAUGCUAUAGUUUUGAGCAAAUUUUGAUUUGGCACUUUUUACGUGACCCUACAAUAUCCAAAUUUUCAAGUUGCUCAACAUCGGGCAUGAUGUAUGUCAAUCCACUGCAAAUUUCCUCCUGAAUUCGAAUUUGACAAUGAAAACUUAUCAAUUUCACUUUUAGGCCACCAUGAGCUUGUUCCUCCUGAUUCUCCGAGCAACUACGAUCGCCAUCACUGCCUUUUCGACACUAAUCACCGUAUUUCGGAUGUCUCAGCUGAGCAAACGAUUGAUCUCGUCCGAACGAACACUUUGCAUCGCCUCUUUUCUGAUCUCGGCGUGUUUUCUGGGAACUGCGGCGGCGGAGGUGAGUGCAGAGUGAACUUUUCGAGUUCUCCACGUGAUUUGCAAAGUUUCGAUACCCAUAUUGUCGUAUUUUCAAAAAAAAUUCGGUUUUCUGUUUAAGUGACCCUACAAUAUCGGAAAUUUCAAGUCUUCCAAACUAGGUCAUGAUUAGUAUCAAACUGCUUAAAAUUUCGUCCUGAAUUCGAAUUUGACAAUGAAAACUGGUCAGUUGCACUUUUUGGCCUUUUUAGAACACUAUGAGCAUUUUUAAAGUGACCCUACAAUAUCGGAAAUUUCAAGUCAUCCAAACUAGGUCAUGAUUAGUUUCAAACCGCUUCAAAUUUCGUCCUGAAUUCGAAUUUGACAAUGAAAACUGGUCAGUUGCACUUUUUGGCCCUUUUAGAACACUAUGAGCAUUUUUAAAGUGACCCUACAAUAUCGGAAAUUUCAAGUCAUCCAAACUAGGUAAUGAUUAGUUUCAAACCGCUUCAAAUUUCGUCCUGAAUUCGAAUUUGACAAUAAAAACUGUUCAGUUUCGCUUUUUGGACCUUUUAGAACACUAUGAGCAUUUUUCAAGUGACCCUACAAUAUCGCAAAUUUCAAGUCAUCCAAACUAGGUCAUGAUUAGUAUCAAACCGCUUAAAAUUUCGUCCUGAAUUCGAAUUUGACAAUGAAAUCUGGUCAGUUGCACUUUUUGGCCCUUUUAGAACACUAUGAGCAUUUUUCAAGUGACCCUACAAUAUCGGAAAUUUCAAGUCAUCCAAACUAGGUAAUGAUUAGUUUCAAACCGCUUCAAAUUUCGUCCUGAAUGCGAAUUUGACAAUGAAAACUGGUCAGUUGCACUUUUUGGCCCCUUUAGAACACUAUGAGCAUUUUUCAAGUGACCCUACAAUAUCGGAAAUUUCUCAAGUUAAGAUGUAUACAAUAUGGGUAUCAAAACGUUCGUCUCAACCUCCCAAUUCCCGUAUUUUCAGAGUCUUUUCGCGUUUUCGGUGGUGCGCACCUCGACGAGCAUCUCCUAUUUUCUGCUGCCCAUCUCGUGGGACAUUCUCAACGUCGGCACGCCGAUCGUCAUGGUUUUCGCGUCGAAACAGUUGCGUCAACGCGUUUUUUCGCGUUCCCGCCGAUCGAGGAGCAAUAGCAAAGUGGACGAAGGGAACAUUGUGACGACUUGGACCGGCUUCUAACCCGCAAUUAUUCAAUUGUCCUCGCGCCCAUAAAAAAUAACGUUUUCCCGUCGAUUUCCACGUCUUUUUCACUCGAUUUCCCAUCCAAAAAUGACAAUUUCCGGUGCCGAAGAGUCGUGUGACCCGAACUACACUCCAAUCUAUGAAAACUUGAAGUAUAUUGUCCAACUAUUGUAUUUGCUGCCCGCUGUCGUCUUCCAAGCCCGUGUGGCCUACGUAAUCGCGUGGAAACACAGGAAGCGAUUGCAGAAACACAGCUUUUUCACUAUUUUCCUUGCGGACUGUGUUGUCGUGGGUUUUUCGGGGUUUUUUGGGCUCCGCGCGAGAUUUGGAGAACGUUUUGAUACUAUUCAUCAACUUUUUUCGGGUUUUCCCGAAAAUUUGCUCAAAAUAGGUCGUGUCAUAGACCAAUCCGUUCCAUUUUUCAUCCUGAAUCCGAAUCUGACACUGCGCACCCUCGAAACCGACGCCAAACGGCGCUAGACCCCGAAAAUCUCAUCCGUAGCGAACUGAUUGUUUAGCAGAGUUGAGCGCGGAAGAACACGGAAGAAUUUUUAUCUUUUUUAGAAAAUUUUUUCAUGAAAUGCGAUCAACUGACGAAAUGUAGAGCAAAGUGAACUGUGCUUAUAGAAAAAUAAUUGUAAAUUUAGCGAUUCAUACAAAAAAGUUAUUCGAGUUGUUGCGCGAAAAAAGCGGGGCCAACGGAACAACUCGAAUAACUUUUUUGUAUGAAAAGCUAAAUUUACAAUUAUUUUUCUAUGAGCACAGUUCACUUUGCUCUACAUUUCGUCAGUUGAUCACAUUUCAUGAAAACAUUUCCAAAAAAAGAUAAAAAUUCUUCCGUUGAGUUCUUCCGCUCAACUCUGUUGUUUGUGGCCGGGCCGCACAACAAAGAGCACACAAACGCGACGAGAGAUUCAAUUAAUUAAUUAAGCGCAAACGUCGGCGGGCGCCAAAAUUGGCAUCGAAACUCGCGAAAAAUCCUCCAACUAUAGCACACUUGUUUCAGGGCAUGCUUCUCGUGAUCUCGUCGAUUUUCGUCUCGCGGCCACUCAUGUACACGCCCCAAUUUUGCCAGUUUUUCACCGACUUCCUAGCGUCCCAUUCGAUCCUUCUCGACGUGUAUUAUCCGAUUCUUCGUCAUUUGCAGGCCGUGCAAAUUUUGCUCCAAAUGCUUCUAAUCGCGAACCGUGCCACGUGUGUCCUUAUUCCGACGAACUAUACAAUAUUCUGGCGAGCACGUCGUCUACGCGCAAUCCUCGUUUUCUCCGCGCUUUUGCCCGUCCUGUGCACUUGGAACAUUGUGAUCUCGGCGAAAGUGGUCCGUCACGCGUACGGCGGACUUUUUGUGUCCUACAAUCGGUGGGCCAACUGGGUACCUAGCGUACGCCCCCGUUCUCGAACUUUUCAUUUCCAAUUUAGGCCCGCGCAUCGCUGUUUUUCGCCAUUCUCCGCGCAAUCUCGAUGAUUUUCAUCGCCGUCGCCACGUUUUUGACCGUUUUCAAAAUGUCGAGAAUGAAAAAGCGAGCGGUCGCGUCGGAGCAUCGAUUGUGUUGGGCGUCGGUGCUGAUGUCCGUCUGCUUUCUUGUUCCCGCUCUAGCCGAGGUGAGGGUUACGGUAGACGGUAGAUAUUGUCGGAUUCGGAUGUAGGAUGAAAAAUCGAUUCGAUUGAUGCAUAUUUUGUCCUAUUUCGCACAACUUUUUUCGAAUCGAUAUUGUAGGUUCACGCAUGCACCAGUGAGCACCAAAACCAAAAAAAUGUGCUCAAAAUAGGACAAUAUGGGUAUCAAAACGUUUCAAAUCACCCGGAGAACGCGAAAAUCAUACUCGAUCCAAAAACUUGAGCCUACAAUAUCUCGAAUAGUCUGCUUUCUUGUUCCCGCUCUAGCCGAGGUGAGGGUUACGGUAGACGGUAGAUAUUGUCGGAUUCGGAUGUAGGAUGAAAAAUCGGUUCGAUUGAUGCAUAUUUUGUCCUAUUUCGCACAACUUUUUUCGAAUCGAUAUUGUAGGUUCACGCAUGCACCACCAUGCCCCAAAACCAAAAAAAAAGUGCUCAAAAUAGGACAAUAUGGGUAUCAAAACGUUUCAAAUCACCCGGAGAACGCGAAAAUCAUACUCGAUCCGAGACACUUGCCGCUCCGACAUAAAAUUGAAUUCAGUUCCGCUACUAUCAAAAUCGUGAUUCUCUCAACGGCUCCAACUGGGAAUACGGCCUACUUUUGGUGUCCUGGGACGUUCAAGACAUUGGGUAACUUCGCCAAAACCGUUUAUCGCUCCGAUUACUCGACACUUUUCCCAGAUCGACAAUAGUCAUGCUUUUCGCAAACGCGCCGUUCCGUCGUUUGGCGCUCGGCGCGUCGAGAAAACCGCAAAACGCGAUUCAAGUCACUUCGAUAUGACUAAUCUCUAGAGCCUCUCGAUCUGUGGCCUUGUUAAAAUAGUUCCGCAUGACCGGAAACCGCACCUUUUUUCAGUUUUCGUGUACGUUUUUCGCUUCUUUCACUCGUUCACCUCGAGUUUUGCAGAGUUUCGAUGAGUUGCAACGUGAAUUACACGCCGCUUGUGGAGAACUUCAAGUUCUUCCUACAAACCGUCUAUUUGCUACCAAUCGCCGUGCUAUACUCGCGAAUAUUGUACGUGAUUUGGUGGAAACAUCAAAGUGUCUACAGUCGACACCAAUUUUUCGUCAUUUACUCGCUGGAUGGUGUUGUGGUGAGUUGACUCUAGCAUUUUCGGGUUCUACACGUAAUUUGCAAAGUUUUGAUGCCCAUAAUGUGAUCCGACAAUAUCGGAAAUGUCAAGUUGCUCAAAAUAGGGCAUCAUAUAUACCAAACGACUGCAAAUUGGCCCCUGAAUUCGAAUUUGACAAUAUCAGAGCUCAAAACGUAACUUAACGUUGGAUAAAAUGAGUUAAACGUUCAGGGCCUUCUGCUAGUCCUUCUGGACAUCCUAAUCACUCGUCUCUUCGUCUACAUCCCCCAACUCUGCGAAUCCGGCUCUCAAUUCUUCCAGUCCCAUCCGUUAAUCAUGGAUUUCUAUUAUCCGCUUCUCAAUUAUCUGCACUGUGCCCAACCGUUCAUCCAAAUAUUCUUGACGACCAAUCGAAUGUCGUCGGUCCUGUUCCCAGUGGAUCACAACAAACUCUGGUCGGCAAAACUUCCGCUCAUCCUCAUUUUCAUCGUUUUUUCGCCGUUCGCCUUCAUUUGGAACACGAUAAUAUCGCAAAAAGUGAUCGUCUACUAUUUCGGCGGUUUUUUCAUGAUCGGAUUGAAGAAGGUCGCGUGGGCCGACGUCUCCCUGUUUCUUUUUGUGAUUCGAAGUGUCGCCGUCGGGAUUACGGUAUUCUCUACGGCUAUUAUGUUUUUACGAAUGUCGAAAAUGUCGAAGAGGCUCAAAAAGUCGGAGAAGAUUUUGUGUUUUGCGUGCGCAAUUCAUUCCGCCUGCUUCUUGGUCCCAUCGUUUUUCGAGGUGAGUUUGGAUAUUGUAGGCCCAUAAAAUUUGUUGACCAUAAUCUUGACAUCUAGUACUUUGCUUUUGUAGUUGACGCUUUUUCUCAAUGACCACUUCCUGGGGUACUGUAGCUCCGGGAAUUUAGCACUGAAGUUUGGGGUCAUUUAGUUAUUGUCCACUUCAAAGCGCUACAGUACUCUUAGGAGUGGUUGAAUCGGAAAGUUGUCAACUACAAAAAUAAAGUUCAAGAAAUGGACAAUAUUUUUGUAGUUGACAGUUUUCCGAUCCGCCCACUCCUAAGAGUACUGUAAGUCUUUAAAGUUGACAAUAGCUAAAAGCUCAUAGUGUUCAUGUUCCCGACUUCCCGGAGCUACAGUACCCCAGGUAUUGAUCACAGAGAACAAGUGUCAACUACAAAAACAAAGUACAAGACGUUAGCACGACUAGGAAGUCGACAAUACUCAUUCAAAGUUCACCUUCUCUGGGUGGCAAAUGUUUCUUUUUUUUAAAUAGUUUUUCGAUGACCACAGUAAUCCCAAGUGAUAUUCAGGCGUUGGCAGUGUUCAACAAAGAGUACGGUAGCUCUUGGAUCAACUUUCUCAUUCAACCAUUCGCCUGGGACGUUCUAAACUGCGGGUAA